UGCCAUACAGUAAAACAGUAUUACUGGUCUUGUUUGGAUUUUAGGGUAUAAAUUGUCCCACGUGGAAUCCCUUUUGGCAGCAGGUCCUCCUCAAACACACUGGGCGUCACAUUCCUCGCUAUUGGUCGUCAUGGUGGCCACGGGACAGCUCCUCUAUAUAAGGUCCUCCCCUCCUCAGUCCUGAGGCACAACGACAAAGAGAGUACAACCUUCUGCUUUCACGCAAGUUAGAGACAGAGAGAGGAGGGAAACGUCAACCCUCAAUCCUAGGACUCAAACGAGCUUCAGUAUAGACACUUUCUAAACAGAAGAAUUUUUUUUUCCCCCAGCACUGCAUGCUGAAACUAUGACUUCUUUGUGUGAUAGAGCUCUUUUUCUCAUAUGCUUGACUGCACAGGUGUUUACAUUAGCCCGGUCCCAAGUGUGUCCACAAAGAUGCCAAUGCCCGGAGGAGCCCCCCAUCUGUCUCCCCGGGGUGCCCCUUAUCCUGGACGACUGCGCCUGCUGCCUUGUGUGCGCUCGCCAGAAAGGUCAGGCUUGUUCCGAAACGAAUCCCUGUGACUCACGGAAAGGCCUGCAGUGCGACUUCACCUCAGGAGAACACAAAAAGACGGGCGUAUGCGUUGCUCAUGAAGGAGACGUCUGUCUUCUGGAUGGUGUGGUCUACCAGAACGGCCAGACUUUCUUCCCCAGCUGCAAACACCAGUGCAUGUGUCGCGAGGGGCAGAUCGGCUGCAUACCGCGCUGCAACGUUGACGUCAUGCUGCCGGGGCCCGACUGCCCAAUGCCACGCCGAGUCCACGUCCCUGGCGAGUGCUGCGAGAAAUGGGUGUGCGAUUCCCCAGCUGAAGCCAGUGCACUGGGAGGAUUUGCUAUGGCAGCUUUUCGGCAAGAGGAAACGGUGAGCUUUGACUCCUGGGACCCCAGAUUGAACUGCAUCGAGCAGACCACAGAGUGGGGGGCCUGCUCUCGCACGUGCGGCAUGGGGUUGUCCACCAGGGUCACAAACAAGAAUCGCCGCUGUGAGCUGGUGAAGCAGAGCCGGUGGUGCAUGAUCAGACCCUGUCAUGACCAGCAGGACCAGACAGCGCUCUCUCAGCCAAAGAGAGGCAGUAAAUGCCAAAGAAUGGUGAGGAGCGAUGCAGCCGUUCACCUCUCCUACAAAAACUGCACCAGCGUCCAGGCCUACAAACCUCGCUACUGCGGCUCCUGCACAGACGGCCGUUGCUGCACCCCACACAGAACCAAGACCGCCCUGGUGGAGUUCACGUGCGCCGGCGGUAAAACCAGCAAGAGGCCGGUCAUGGUGAUCUUGACCUGCGUCUGCCACAGAAACUGCCCGCGGGAUAAUGCAGUGUGGCAGCCUUCGGAGCUGGGCUACAGUGGGAUGACGGUAUAGGUCAAAGCUUUUGUCAUUACAGGCAAUGACUGAAUUCAUGAUUUGGAAUUUUUUGUGCAAAAUCUUGAACAUGAGUUGUAUCAACUCUUCUUUAGUCCAAAAUAUGCAAACAUGUGACGAUGUGGACUCUUCUGUGCACAAAUGAAAGUCAACUUUGAUUUAGAGUGAAAGCACUUAGCACAUGUGACGUAAUGAGUCUCUCCUCUUUUGGAGAUCAGAUUUAGAAAAUGAACGACAAUGGAUAUUCAUCACAGAUUCACAAGGUAUCCUGAGAGCAUUUAUGGGACAACA